UUACGCCAUAGCCUCACUCCAUCACACACAGGAAAAAGAAAACACUUCUCACUUCAGCUAUAAAAUCACAGGAAUAAAUAUCACCAAAGAAAAGCAGAAAAUUAAAAAUCAUUCUUCGAUCCAGAUCUUGAUUCAGAGUGGACAAGGAGUAGCAGAAAAGAAUUGCGUCAAAGAAAAUGGUGUACGCAUAUACCCCCACAUACUACACAUCACUGCACGACUCCAUAACAUCUCUGUGCAAAAGCAUCCUUCCAUUUUCCUUUAAGAAAAGGCGGCUUCCUGCAAUUGCUGCAGCAGAGCAGCAGCUCUCAAAGCAGCAGUCCGAUAACCUGAAAUGGCAGCAAGAUUCAUUCCACCAAAUACUUAAUCUAAUGGGUCUUUGUAAAGAGGGCAUUCUGUCUGAAACUGAGGUCUCUGCUUUCAGAACACAUCUUCUGGAAACUUUAAUAGCUUCGUCUAUAGAUCAUGAGCCAACCGUCAUUUUAAGGGACAAGCUGAUUUUUUUGCAGGAGUUGUUCUAUGCCAAAUGCAUUUCAGAGGAUGAGUAUCAUGCUUCGAAAAGACCAUUGUUACAGAGGUUAGCAAUUCAAGGAGCCGAGAUUGAAGCACGAGAUGUCAUAGUGGGGACACAGAAAGAGGCUUCAAAUGAAGAGUGGUCGGUUAUAGAUUUGAAGGAUGAGAAAUGCUUGGUUAGUCAAGAGUACCUAAUGUCAAAGAAUAAACCGAAACCGGGUUCAACAGUAAAGCAAAUUAAAGGAGCUGCAUCUGCAUUUGGCUUUAUAUCACCCAUUAAAAAUUGCAAGUUGAAGGAAGAAAAGAAUGAUAACAAUUUGAGACCAAUGCCAUUUGAUCAAAACGUAAGCACCUCAAGCUUUUUAAGGAAUGAAGUUGGGCUUUCUACCGGAAAUCGUUUCUGGAAUAGUAAUUUGAAUGAAAAAGAGAGUGAAACAAAGUCUAUUCUCAUGGCAGAGAGCUUGCCAGCAGAUUCUGUAAAGAUUGACAAGCGAAGUAGUGGCGAUAAAUCCAAAAGGAAACCUUUUAAAACCCUGUUUCAGAGAGAGGGACGGGGGAAUGGUGGUGAUGAUCAUGGUCCAGAACAUGAGGAAAAAGAAAAGAUGAAAUCAGGAAAGAAGCAAUGGGGAUUUGAUGGAUUCAAGAAAUGGAAGAAAACUGAUUCCGAGGAUGAAACAGUUCCAUUGUCCCUCGGUGAAAAAUCGGAUGGUGAAAGUUACACUGGCAGGCUCAUCAUGAACCGAGCGGCAGAGGGACCAGACACCAAGCAAAUUAAGAGGAAAUUGCAUCCUGAUGGUGCACCUACAGAUUUCUUUGUCGAUAAGGUUUUAGGAGAGAACAUAAAGAAGGAGCUGUCACGAAUCCAAACAGAGCUUGGUGCCAAAAAUCAAACUUUUGAUUUGUCGUAAGUGUUUCUUUUAUUUUCAGCUCUCUUGAUCUUCGGCGGAUAGCAGGAAUCGAACCCGCAUCUUCUCGUUGGCAAAGAGAAAUUUUACCAUUCGACCAUAUCCGCAAUUUUUGUUCUUAAUACACAUAUCCACACACACACACACACACACACACACACGAUCCAUACCUGGAUCGUAUUUGUGCAGUGUCGGGCUAGAGACUCUUCUGGGCGAUUUAUAUUAUUAAUAUAAUAAAUUGAAAUUGAGCCUAUCCUCUCUUAUUUAUUCAUAUUAAAAAAAACUUAAUCUAAUGCAAAACCAAAAUACUCGGAGGACU